CACGUGGAUAAUGUAAUUGACAGCGGCUCUCAUUCAGGUCAGGAUAGGCACAGGGAAAGGGGGAUGGACACAACAAGUAAUAUUGCUUGGAUAUUUUGGUCUCCGACAUUUGCAAGUGAGGACAUUUCAGGGCCAAUGGGUGCCAAGUUUACCAUCUGCUGCUGCCAUUACUAUCUGAAACAAAACAGGGAAGAGAAGAAUGCUAUUUUGUGUAUGCGUGCCACCGCAGCAUCCACACAACCAGUGCUGUUAUCCAGUGAGUCCAGCGACAGUGACGCAGAAGAGGAGAGCCUUUUUGGGCCCCAGCCUUCGAGAAGGAGGCCACGGAGCAACCAGCCGAGCCAGAGGAGCACUGUGGAUCAGUGGGCUUACACGAACAGACCCUGUGAGUCUCCCAUCAGGAGAGGAUCGGACAGAGAGUUACAGGCUUUUAUCAGCAUGAGAGACCAGGCUGACCAGGCUACAGAGGAAUGGGAGAAGCUGAAUUAUGACAUACACAGUCUACGCUACGCCAGACGGGAAGUCAGAUCUCGAUGGAAGAAAAUCCUGCUGCUUCUAGGCUACCAGUGCGAGGUGGAUUCCUUGCUGUGUGUGAACAGACGGAACCGCUUCAGCCGAGAUCAGGAGAAUCUGAACAAAGCAACUGAACUGUUGAAACAGCUGCUGGACCACACCUCGCUGUUUCCUCCCGAGACUGAACACCAGAACACAUAUCUCUGUGUCAUGGACCGCCUGGUGUCACUGGACAGUGCUGAAGACUUUGUCAGACUGGCCAAAGAAAAGUAUCCCAAGAAAGUAGGCUGAGAGACGGUGACAGAAAGAAGACGGCAUAAAGGCUGGGCGAGAGGGUAAAGAAACGUUGAAACACUGUAAACCAUAUCACCACACUCUAAUAUUCAUUUAAUUGUAGAGGAAAAUGUAAUUCUAAUGGCAAAUUAAAAUACCUUCUCUUUUGACAUGUCCUGUCACCUGUUGAUUAAAUGAAUUUAAAUCCACUGUGUAUUGGUAAGUUGCACAUUUGUUGUUUACACCAGAGGUUGUCAACCUUUUUUUCAGCCAAGAACCCCUUUCAAGAUAGAAAACACAAGGGACCCUAAUGUAUAUCCCCUGGAAUGAUUUGAUGUAGCCUAUUUUUUACACCUCUAUACUGUAGUCUUAGAUAUGUGAAGGAACAACACAAGAGAAAUGUAUUAGAAGAUGGAAGAGAGAAUGGUCAUACACAAUAUUUGCAGAUCAAGCUAUAGAUUUGUUAGAUUAGAGGUAAUCUAUGAACUAUUACAGAUUUAAAAAUGAAAAUACUAUUCCUUGAACUAUGAAGUCCUUUUGUAAUAUAAAUAUAAAAUUAUAUUUUAAAUGAAUACAUCUGCAUCUUUUCACAAGCCUCCUGGCAGAGUGCCACAGACCAAUUAGAGAAUCACUGGCCUACCAUUCGUAAUGCUGUAUGCAAACACUGUGUUUUUAAUGUAUUUGUUUUCUUUUAAAAGUAGAAGUUUCACUCUUCUAGCACUUCUGUUGCACUGCUACACUGUUGCUCAGCUGGGCAGGAUUGACCUGAUAAACAAUGUUAUGGUUGUUUAGUUGUUUUUGGGGGGUAGGUAUUGUAGGUAUAAGGACACUCAAUUCAAAAAAGAGUUAAGAAAUCCUCUGCAGGUAAAAAUAUGUAUUUGGUGUCUAUAUUAAAUAUGAGACAAUCCAUUUAAAUGUCUUCCUUUAUCUCGCCACAAACAUCUUUAACAUUUUUGUUGUUACCUGACAAUACUGACAAUAACAAACUGUGUGUUUUUCAGGUUUAAUCACUUUGUCACUAAUAAAGUAUAUUUGCUUAGUCCA